CAAAUGGUCGUCCUCCGAGAAUGAGGGAGAGACUCCGCGACGACAUCACGCCCUAAUUAAUCCCUUCUCGUCGCUCUCCCUCGGUGUGAAAGUCAUUUUAAUCCACCCACGGGCGUUCUAGUAAACUGGGGAGAUGUCGAAAGAAAUCGUCACCCUCAUCAUCAAGGCGGCCAAUCAGAGCGUCCCGGACCACCACAUUGACUGCAACACGGAGUGGUCUGUCCUGCAUCUUAAGGACCACCUCUCGUCAGAACACCCCUCCAAGCCUAGAGUGGAUGAACAGCGACUCAUCUACUCGGGCCAGUUACUUCUCGACAACAUACUUCUUCGAAACAUACUGCGAUACCCUUCUGAAAACAACUCUUAUACAAUACACCUAGUGUGUUCCCCCCCUCGUAACACUGCCAGCACCAGCCCACAACAGUCUCAGGCAACAGAGCAGAGGAGACCCCUGCCCCAAAGCACCCCGUUUGCAAGAAAUAGUGCGCAGACACGAGCAGAGACCAAUACCAACCAAAGCAUGACGGGCCAGCAGCAGGAGGGGCCUUUGGCGAACACAGAAUCGUCAGAUGGUGUUCGCCGGCGCAUUGUAGCGACUACCUCAGGGGGAAUGCCGGUGCCCACACAGCAGACUAUAGAUGCAUCUGCUUAUCCAUCCCCCACGCAGAUGGUUGCUAAUGCAUUCCAGGCUAGUGGCGACCCAAUGCAACAAAUGGCAACCAUGCAGCAAAUGUAUGCUCACUACAUGGCAUACAUGCAAUACAUGCAGAUGGGUGGAGGCAUGGCUGGUCUGGCCUGGCCACAGCAAAUGGUUCAGCUCCCAAGUGGGCCCAAUCCUCCAGCGUCCAGUACAACCACCACAACUGUGCCGACUGUGGAUCAGGCAGAGCAGCUGCAACGCCAGCAGGAGCAGAAUGCACCAGCAGAUCCUCAGCAGCAACAGCAGCAGCAACAGCAGCAACAACCCCAGCAGAUUCGAAUGAAUGCUCAAGGUGGUGAAGUAGACGAUGACGAUGAUGACGAGGGCAUGGGCCGUGACUGGUUGGACUGGAUCUAUGUUCUCUCGCGGAUGGUUGUGCUUCUUUCCAUUGUCUACUUCUAUUCUACUGUCUCUAGGUUCAUGAUUGUUGUCUGCAUCGCCAUGUUGUUAUACUUAUACCAAGCUGGCUGGUUCACACCUGCACGGCGAGUAGAGCAACCCCGUGAGGCUGACGAGAACGAAAAUGAAAACGACAACAUCCAGGACGAUAGAAACAACAAUAUAAACAAUAAUAAUAACAACAAUGACGUCCCUGCUGAGGCGAGAAAUCAGGGCGAAGGCAUUCUCGGAGAGGCGAGAAAUCCGGGAGAGGAAGAGGCCGGUGCUGGUGACAACCAAGGGAAUACUCAGGGUAAUGAGGGGACAGAUAGGGUCGUUGAGGAGAUACCUGUUAGGCCCUCCAUUCUCGCCCUCUCGUGGACCUUCCUUACCUCCCUUUUCACGUCGCUCAUCCCUGAACAGCCGCAAGUGAUUUAGGUGCUGCGUUCAGCUACUCUCUGCCAGUCUGAGUUGAGUGUCAUUGUCGGUCAAGGCAGUGACUGACUGGCUGAAGUUGCUCAUCUGUGCGGCGUAUAGAGAGGACGGAACGCCGGGAAGGACAUUAACCUAAGAGUCUAUCAACGCCUUGUUUGUUCUAGUUUAUUUGUAAGUAAGCACGGUUGCCUAUCAGUAUUUCUUUGAAUAUGGUUAUAAAAAAAAAAAAAGGAAAACAAUUAUUUGAACUGAAAACUGAAUUGAAGAUUCUCUGUGCUAAGUUAGCUGUCUAGGCAGCACAUGGGUUAAUCACUUUGAAAAAGAGGGUCUUCAUUCUCUAUAGAGUUGAUUCUGCACUCACAUUUGUCAAUGCUUGUAUUUGGUUGACAAAAGAAAACUAUAUAAUGGAUCACUUGGGAAGAUCACUUGUGUAUUUGCCAUGUUAUUGUCUACUAUGUAGCAUAGGGACAUAUAUUAAUGAAAAGACAAAAAAUAUUUAUAUAGAACUUAAUAUAUGUAUCAUCAGUAUGUAAAAGGUAACUUGGUGAUGGCAUAUGUUAUUUGCUUGUCUUUCGGGAAAAAAAUGUUUAUUACAAUUUUUUUCUGUAAGAGAACAAUGCAGGGAAAAUCCUGUUUUGUCAUGUCUUAAAAGCUUUAGUUUUACAUAUUUCAUAUUGGAUGUUGAAAGGUAACAUUUGUAAAAAACUUAAAUGAAGAUAAUAUGAUCAUAGGAACUAUUUCUAAGACCAGGGAAAAGUAACUUUUAUUAAAUCACAUAAAACAAUGUUGUUACCAGUGUUUAAAAAAACAAACAGAAUAUGUAUAUACAGACAUGAACAUAUGGGCUGACAUUAUUUUCACUCCUGCAUCUGUUUUCUAGUUUUCACGACUGAACAAUGUAUGGCCAGUGGACUUGCAAGGGUGAAUUUAAUGCCAAGACCACAAUACUCACUAUUUAUUAUUAUUAUUCUUUUUUUUCUUUUUUUUUUCUUUUUUGUAUCAUUCACCACAUACCAUUCACGGAAGUCAAAAUGUACAGAGAAACAAGUGUGUCUAUUGGUGUAGGGUGGAACUCUCCUUCAGUUUCAUAUUGCUACUUUUAUGCUGUAUUUACUUGAAGGCUUGACUGUUACAAAAUAACUUGUUAUUGUACUGUCUGUCUUCCAUGUUGAACUGAGAGAGGACACAGGGUUGACAUGCCAGAGUUUUAUUUUUCUUGUACUCACCAAAAGGGUAGUUUUCAACAUGGGAAAGAAAUAAAAAAAAAAAAGAGAGAGAAAAAAAAAAUUAAAGAAAAAAAUGAUGACAGCA